UUUUUUACAUGGAAAAUCCCCAAUUCCCCACGACUUAAAUUUCGCGACCAUCACGAGUUCCCCAAAUUCCCCACACAAAUAUUUUCGUUUCCCCGAUGGUACUCCAGAUGUUGGCGAAAGUGGGAUGAAAUUGUCAAAUUGAGUCCGGUGGGAUUGCUUUGCGGUACUAUUUCGGCCAUUUUUCGCCACGGGGAACUCGUUUUCUCCACAAGUGGAGAUAUCAAAGUCCUCCAUAGACCGAUCAUCUUGAACCGUUUUCGUGGGAAGGUACUAUUGGGGAGUGAUAGAUGACGUUUAUGCCGGGUCAUUGUUUUCCCCAGCUAAUUCCUUCAGUAUGCUUCGUAUUGAGUCCGAUUAUGGGUGAGAAUGAGUUCCCGAAGAUCUACCAUCAUGAAGUUUAUAUAAGUCGGAGAGAUCGUCCAGAGAAGUGAAGAAAGCAGUUCCAGUAGACAAGUUACAAUGGCUCCUUUACUCGAUAUCAUCUCGGUCCUCGCUGGCUGCAUUGCUACUGUCAAUGGCCAGGCUUGGGAUUCUUCUUUGUUCGAAACUUCCCCACCGGUCUAUCCUUCUCCUGAAUUGCAAGGCACAGGAUGGGAGGCUGCUCUCGUAAAGGCCAAUGCUUUCAUCGGUAAUCUCACAGCAGAGGAGAAGGCAUCACUUCUGACUGGUGCCAAUGGACCUUGUGUUGGCAACAUUGCACCAAUCCCACGAGUUGGAUUCAAGGGACUCUGUCUCCAAGAUGGACCAGCUUCCUUGAGACAAGCUGAUUAUGUUACCGUCUUCCCUGCUGGUCUUACUACAGCUGCAUCUUGGGAUAGAAGUCUCAUGAAAACUAGAGGAGAAUACCUUGGUGCUGAAUUUCGCGGUAAAGGUGCUCAUAUCUUCUUGGGACCUGUAGCUGGUCCUCUUGGUAGAAGUGCCAUGGCAGGAAGAAACUGGGAAGGAUUCUCCCCAGAUCCAUACCUCACUGGUGUUGCAAUGGAAGAGACAAUUGUCGGUGUUCAAUCACAAGGUGUUCAAGCAAGCGCCAAACAUUUCCUUGCAUAUGAGCAAGAGACCCAGCGAAACACUGCAGGUAUUUUCGAUGCAAACUGGUUCCCAAAUGACACCCAGCAACUCUCUGUCUCUGCAAAUGUUGAAGAUAGAACUAUCCACGAGUUGUACAUGUGGCCAUUUUACAAUGCCAUUCGCGCUGGAGUUGCCAACGUCAUGUGCUCUUACAACAGAGUUAACUCAUCCUACGCCUGUCAAAACUCCAAACUCUUAAACGGCUUGCUCAAGACUGAGCUUGGUUUCCAAGGAUUCGUUGUAUCUGAUUGGAUGGGAACACAUGCUGGUGUUGCCUCUGCCAAUGCUGGUUUGGAUAUGACCAUGCCUGGAGCUGAAUGGUGGGACCCAAUGGCCCCUGGAAUCCCAACCUACUUUGGUUCCAACCUUACUACUGCUGUAAGCAAUGGGUCCGUCACCCUUGAACGCCUCAACGACAUGGCUCUUCGAGUCAUGACUCCAUAUUUCUUCCUCGGACAAGAUCAAGAUUUUCCUCUCAUCGACCCUUCAUCUGGUGCUUACCCACAGUUGAACCAAUUCAACGAGCCAUCUAUCUAUGCAUCAAACUGGACCUCUUCAAUGGGUGCCGCUGAUGUUGAUGUCCGUGGAAAUCACAGCUGGUUGGUUCGCGAACUCGGUGCUGCUGGAACCGUUCUUCUCAAGAAUACCAACAAUGCUCUCCCUCUUAAAGCUCCUAAGCGUAUUGGAGUUUUCGGAAAUGCUGCAGGUGAUUUGGCAAACGGUCCUUAUCCUCAUGACAAAGACUAUGAAUAUGGAUGUUUGCCCAUUGGUGGUGGUUCUGGAUCUGCACGUUUCUCUCAACUUGUUACUCCUCUUGAGGCUAUCAAAGCUCGUGCUCUUAAGGACGGCUUAAUGGUUCAAACUAUCUUGAACAACACCCAAUUGGCCACCGACGGAGGUUUUUCGGACGUGAUCUACCCAGUCCCAGACGUAUGCUUAGUAUUCAUCAAGACUUACGCCUCCGAAAGUAAUGACAGAACUUCCUUGUCAUUUGACUGGGAUGGAGAUGCCGUCGUUGAGCAAGUUGCCGCAAACUGCAGUAAUACCAUCGUUAUUUCUCAAGCUACAGGUUUGAACCUCAUGCCAUGGGCUGACCACCCUAACGUUACCGCUAUUCUCGCUACCCAUCUUUCUGGUGACCAAAUCGGAAAUAGUUUAGUCGAUGUUCUAUAUGGUGCUUACAAUCCCUCUGGACAUCUUCCUUACACUAUUGCCUACAAUGCUUCUGAUUAUGACUUCGCCCCCAUCACCACCAGUGUGAACUCAACCGCACCAGGUGCCUGGCAAUCAGAUUUCACCGAACGUCUUUUGAUCGAUUACCGAUACUUUGACUACCAUAACAUUUCCGUCCUCUAUGAAUUUGGAUUCGGUCUUAGCUACACCACUUUCGAUCUCUCCUCCCUGAGCAUCACUCCUAUCUCCAACGAAACCCUCUCUUCCAUUCCCGCCCCCAUGGCCGCCAAUGCCUCCAUUCCCGGCGGAAAUCCCGAUCUCUGGACUCCCGUCUACACCAUCACCGCCAGCGUCUCCAACAUAGGAAACUACUCUGGCGCCGCGGUCCCCCAACUCUACAUCACCAUUCCCGAAAUCGAGGGCAGCGAAACCCCCGUCAAGCAAUUGCGCGGAUUCGAAAAGAUCGGCUUGAACGCUGGGGAAAAUAAAACCGUCACUUUCGAGUUGAUGCGCAGAGAUAUCAGUUUCUGGGAUGUGGAAUUACAGGAGUGGAGAAUCCCCGAGGGAGAAUUCGGUGUCAAGGUCGGAUUCUCGAGUAGAGAUUUGAGAGUCGAGGGAAGCUUUAGUUUCUAAAUCAGGAAGGAGUUUGAUUAGUUAACCUGGUGGGAUAAAGGUAGAAGUUUGGGAGGAAUGAUGAGCGAAGGGGUGCUUUUUUGAUGAGUUAUGUUUAAUGAUUUUGGAAUCGGACGUCUUUACGAACUCGGUUGGUUAUGAUGUAAUUUUCAUGUAUAUAGAAGAUUAGGAAGCGAAAGAAGUUAAUGCUAUUCAUGUUUAUAUAAGAUCUUACAUAUAUAUCGUCAGUCAGUAUGAUGUGAGAAUGUGAGCAAAUUGGGAUCAAAUUGUUAGAACUAGAAUCCUUAAAACCAAAGA